UAGAGCCCUUUGUGAAUGUCAUUAAAAUCAUAGACCUUCUCUCCCCCAGAAAGGCACAUUUAUGAAUGUGCACAUUUUGUAUACACUUCCAGGGAGUUCAUAGUCCCUAAACUGUGCUGUUGUUACACUUGAGCUCCCAUCCUGAUUCCCUUCUACCUGCCUUCCUCUGCAUCAUGUUGCGCUCCACCUUUCAUGCAGCUCUAUGACUUUGGCUUUCAAGAUCCUCUUCUCACCAACCCUCCGUGCACUCAACCGAAAAGAACUGUGCCUAUUCCGAAAACAACAUCUCUGGCCAGACAUAAAACAUUUUAGCUGGUGGUCAGAAGCGGAUCAGUUCCCUGGGUGCUGCCUCCUCCAGAAAAGAAAGACUGUUCUGUCAUCCCAGGAAGACAAUCUAAGACCACGUGCCACCUGCCUUAUCUUCUUGCCAGGGUCGCAUGUGGGACUCUGCAGUGGGCCCUGUGAGAUGGCCGAGCAACGGUUCUGUGUGGACUAUGCCAAGCGUGGCACAGCUGGCUGCAAAAAAUGCAAGGAAAAGAUUGUGAAGGGUGUAUGCCGAAUUGGUAAAGUGGUGCCCAAUCCCUUCUCAGAGUCCGGGGGUGAUAUGAAAGAGUGGUACCACAUUAAAUGCAUAUUUGAGAAACUGGAGCGGGCCCGGGCCACCACAAAAAAAAUUGAGGACCUCACAGAGUUGGAAGGUUGGGAAGAGCUAGAAGAUAAUGAGAAGGAACAGAUAAGCCAGCACAUUGCAGACCUGUCUUCUAAAGCAGCAAGCACACCAAAGAAGAAAGCUGUUGUUCAGGCUAAGCUGACAGCCACUGGCCAGGUGACAUCUCCCGUGAAAGGUGCUUCAUUUGUCACCAAUACCAAUCCCCGGAAAUUUUCUGGCUUUUCAGCGGCCAAGCCCAACAACUCUGGGGAAGCCCACUCCAGCUCUACCCCUAAGACAAGUCUGUCCUCAAGCAAAUGUGACCCCAAGCACAAGGAUUGUCUGCUACGCGAAUUCCGGAAGUUAUGUACCAUGGUGGCUGAAAAUCCUAGCUACAACACAAAGACCCAGAUCAUCCAGGACUUCCUUCAGAAAGGCUCGGCAGGAGAUGGUUUUCACGGUGACGUGUACCUAACAGUAAAGCUGCUGCUGCCGGGUGUUAUUAAGAGUGUUUACAACUUGAAUGAUAAGCAGAUUGUGAAGCUUUUCAGCCGCAUUUUUAACUGCAACCCAGAUGAGAUGGCACGAGACCUAGAGCAGGGUGACGUAUCAGAGACAAUCAGAGUCUUCUUUGAGCAGAGCAAGUCUUUCCCCCCAGCUGCCAAAAGCCUCCUUACCAUCCAGGAGGUGGAUGAAUUCCUCCUGCACCUCUCCAAGCUCACCAAGGAGGAUGAGCAGCAGCAGGCCCUGCAGGACAUCGCCUCCAGGUGUACAGCCAAUGACCUCAAGUGCAUAAUCAGGUUGAUCAAACAUGAUCUGAAGAUGAACUCGGGUGCAAAACAUGUGUUAGACGCCCUCGAUCCCAAUGCCUAUGAAGCCUUCAAAGCCUCGCGCAACCUGCAGGACGUGGUGGAGCGGGUCCUCCGCAAUGAGCAGGAGGUGGAGAAGGAGCCAGGCCGCAGGCGAACUCUAAGCGUGCAGGCCUCGCUCAUGACCCCAGUGCAGCCCAUGCUGGCCGAGGCCUGCAAGUCCAUCGACUAUGCAAUGAAGAAGUGUCCUAACGGCAUGUUCUCGGAGAUCAAGUAUGAUGGGGAGCGAGUCCAGGUGCACAAGAGCGGGGACCACUUCAGCUACUUCAGCCGCAGCCUCAAGCCUGUCCUACCUCACAAGGUGGCCCACUUUAAGGACUACAUCCCCCAAGCUUUCCCUGGGGGCCACAGCAUGAUCUUGGACUCCGAGGUGCUCCUGAUUGACAAUAAGACAGGCAAACCACUGCCCUUUGGGAGUCUGGGAGUGCACAAGAAAGCUGCCUUCCAGGAUGCUAAUGUCUGCCUGUUUGUUUUUGAUUGUAUCUACUUCAAUGAUGUCAGCUUAAUGGACAGGCCUCUGUGUGAGCGGCGGAAGUUUCUUCACGAUAACAUGGUUGAAAUUCCCAACCGGAUCAUGUUCUCAGAAAUGAAGCGAGUCUCGAGAGCUUCUGAUUUGGUCGACAUGAUAAACCGGGUGAUCCGAGAGGGCCUGGAAGGGCUGGUGCUGAAGGACGCGAAGGGUACAUAUGAGCCUGGAAAGCGACACUGGCUGAAAGUGAAGAAAGACUAUUUGAACGAGGGGGCAAUGGCUGACACAGCUGACCUGGUGGUCCUUGGGGCCUUCUAUGGGCAAGGGAGCAAAGGUGGCAUGAUGUCCAUCUUCCUCAUGGGCUGCUACGACCCAAACAGCCAGAAGUGGUGCACAGUCACCAAGUGUUCAGGAGGCCAUGAUGACGCCACGCUUGCCCGCUUACAAAAGGAGCUGGACAUGGUGAAGAUCAGCAAGGAUCCCAGCAAGAUACCCAGCUGGCUGAAAAUCAACAAGAUCUACUAUCCUGACUUCAUCGUCCCAGACCCAAAGAAAGCUGCAGUGUGGGAGAUCACAGGGGCUGAAUUCUCCAAAUCCGAGGCUCACACAGCUGAUGGCAUCUCCAUCCGAUUCCCUCGCUGCACCCGAAUCCGUGAUGAUAAGGACUGGAAAUCUGCCACCAACCUCCCCCAACUCAAGGAACUGUACCAGCUGUCCAAGGAGAGGGCAGACUUCACUGUAGUGGCCGGAGACGAGGGGAGCUCCACCACAGGGGGCAGCAGCGGAGAGAAUGAGGGCUCCUCGGCGCCUGCUGUGUCUCACAAGGCCAGAGCCCCCCCUGAGCAGCCCUCUUCCAGUGCCAAGAAGGUCGGAGGGAAGCUGAGUAGCCCCCACAGCAAAGGCGGCCACAAGGUGAUGACAAAGCCUUCCCCUGUGAAAGGGGGAGAGAAGCUGGCCAUGAAGUCUUCCCCUGUGAAGGUGGGGAUGAAGCGGAAGGCUCCUGAUGAUGAGACCCCGUGCCAAGCAAAAGUUAGGAGGGUGCUGCUGGACAUCUUCACGGGGGUGCGGCUCUACCUGCCGCCCUCCACACCAGACUUCAGCCGUCUCAAACGCUACUUUGUAGCAUUCGACGGGGACCUGGUACAGGAAUUUGACAUGGCCUCAGCCACACAUGUGCUAGGUAGCAGGGCCAAGAACCCGGAGGCCCAGCAGGUGUCCCCAGAGUGGAUUUGGGCAUGUAUCCAGAAAGGGAGACUGGUAGCUCCCUACUAGGACUGCUGCCUUCCCUACCAUGGGCUCCGGCUGGGGCAGAGCAGAGGGGAUAGACUUUCUUCUCCAAGCAGUGCGCCUUCCGAACCCCACCAACCGUGCAUGGUCUCUCCCCAGUCAGGAGUCAGGUGCUACGGGCGCCACCAUGAAGGCAACUCUCCCGCUCAUUUACAUAGAUCUGGGUGCUGCUUUAUCGUCUUUUUGUUUUCUUUAAAAACAAGCUUUUUUUCUUAUAAUAAAUAAAAUAUCUGUGGUUUUCUCUGUCCUCCCACCCCCUGUAAUUCCCCAGUGGCUAAGGACUGAAGCCACAGCAGGGCGCCUGCAGCUCCGGCCCCAGCUCAUCCGAGUGGCCGCCUUCUCUCCCUGCGCCGCUUACUUCGGCUCAUCGGUAUUGCAGACUGCCCUCCCUCAAUGCUGCUUCUACUUGGCAAAACUUGUAUUCAGCCUGGCCCUUUUUUUGCCAGGAAUGAAACCUCAUUUGAAAGAAAACAAAAUGAAUUUUA